UUGAGAAUUUGAGCCACCAAGGCAUUUAUAAUCCAUAUCCUGCCUUUGUUCACUUAUAUAACUGGGUCAGUAUGGAAGAGGCAGAACUGGUAAAGGACCGACUCCAAGCAAUAACGGAUAAGAGAAAAGUCCAAGAAGACAUUGUUCAUAAAAAGCUGGAAAUAGACCAGGAGAGGUUAAAGCUUCAGCACUUAAAGAAAAUGUCUCUGAGGGAACAGUGGCUCAUGGAUGGAACGAGCAACCAAAGCCCACAGCAGAGAGAGACUUUGAGGGGAGAUCAACAACAAACUAAACUCCUCCAGACCAGCAUCCACAGGAUGGAGAAAGAGAUUGAGGCUCUGGAGAGGGAAGAGACGAUGAUUUCGAAAAAUGAGGGCUUCAUACUGAAGAGGCUGAAAGCUAUCGAGAAAACACCUGAGGAGAUAAUAAAGGACGCAAAGGAGAAUUUCCAAGAAGCCAUGUUUGCCAUGGAGAUCAACGUCCAGAAGGAUCUCCGUACUGGGGAGACCCGGGUCCUGUCCACAUCCACUGUCACCCCCCAGGUGCUCCAGCAGAGAGGGGUCAAAGUCUAUGACGACGGCCGCAAGUCUGUCUAUGCCCUGCGGUCUGCCGAGUCUCAGCUGGGGGAUGGUUCUAACAGAGUGGACGAGCUCAGCGCUAUGGAGGUGGAGGUUCUGCUCAGAGCAGCUACAGAGAAGAAGAAGUCUCAAAGCGGCCCACUGGGCCACCAAGGCCAUCAGGAAUCAGUGUCUGCAUUCUCCACCAACUGUGGCCCACAGAGCCACCAGAAGCCAACAUUGCCUGCAUUCUCCACCCCCCGGCAGAAGAUGUCUCAAAGCGGUGCUUUCCCAAAAGACCACCGGGGCCACCAGGAAUCAGUGCCUGCAUUCUCCAACACCUGCAGCUGGAGGGCCUCAGUCCCCAACAGACCCCAACAGAGUAAUGCUAAAGUCAUCCACGAAACCAAUUGGAAUGGGUAUCAGCAAGAGUCGUAUAAGCAUGAUAUCCUCUCCAGGAAGGAGCUCCACUAUAUUGAUGGAGUCCACAACUCAGGGCUGGAGAUUCUUUCCUCCUCACCUCACAUUCCAGUCCAUUAUUUCAUUGGCAGGCAGGAUGAGGAGUACUACCAGCCAAACAACGGGUAUAACCAGAAUCCUUUCUCUUAUGGUGUGGAGAAAGGGUUCCCCACCGACGACUUCUACCAUAGCCCUAGAGAGAACCUGCGAGGAGGGAUGUUUUACGACUCAUCAGUUGAAAUGGACCUGAGGCCGUCUCCGAUCUACCAGGAAGACUCACACUUCAGUAUCCUGAACACCAUGGACACUUCCGAGCCUGUCACCGCCAUCUUUAUGGGCUACCAGACCGCAGAGGAUGACAGUGGACGUGGCCUUGGAUAUGAAGGAUCCAUCCGGGCCGAGCUUGUCGUCAUUGGCGACGAGGAUGGGGUGGACGAGAGUAACCCUCAGUUUAACACCUACACCGCGGAUGGCUAUAGCACCCGGGGCUACCAUCACUGUCAACCUCAACAGAACUUAAUCAAAUACAUGGCAGAGCCCACAGCUAAUUUUAACUCAAACAAUGCAUCACCGUACACAGCGUCAAGGAAUGUGGUCUAUCCUGGUCAACAGGCCAAAGAGUCACACUACCUGUAUUCAGACGGACAGUCCGACGAGGACGGGACAGAGAAGCACUCUGCCCCAGCUUCAAGUACAAGUAUGGAGAAACCUGAACAGUUUGUGUAAAAAUACACCAUGCAAGACUCAGCAAACCUACACGUUCCAUGACAAGAGAAGAAGAAAACCAACUUCGCACAAAACAUUCAACUAACAGUAAAAUGCUUCUGAGAUGCCAUCAAUAGCUAAAACCAGAGCCUUGUAUUUGGAUAAUUCUCUAUAUUCUCAAUGUAAGGAUGUGGCUAAUACUGUAAAACAUAUGUUUGCUCAUAACGUUUCCUUACACAGCUGAAUAUAUACUAAUGAUGUCAUUUAGAGAGAAAGAAACCAGCCGAAAAGUAGACUUUUGAAAUGAAUCUGAUCUUAAAUGUUAAAUGUUCCUGAAGAUAUAAGUGCCUCUGAUGUUUACUGUACUCUCUAGCCUUUUAUGUUGCUGUCGGCUACUAGUCAGCACUUUUGAUAUAAUAAUUAAACCUUUAUGGAGUGCCUCAA